AUGUAUGAGGCAAUGGCUGGAAACCCGAACGACAUGCCGCCGGCGGCCCCUCCGCCGCCGCUGGGCACUACUGGGGCCGGGCCAGUCGGACCCGCUCCCAUGGCCCCGACCCUCAGCAAGACGCGCCUCGACGUCACCCAAGUCGACCAAGUCGAUGAGACGAAGAAGCCGUUGGCUGGCCCGGGGGUGAACGUGGAUCGCUCAGCAAUCACGGUUCCGCUGCGCAAUUGGAACGGGGUUAGAAUGCCUGAGCCGGAUGCGCCCAUUGGGGGCCCCGCUAUCACAGCCCCGAUGAGCGAUGCGACCAAGAAGUCUGACAACGAAUCUUCCGGAUGGAGCAAGCGAGACCAGCGCGUCUUCCGCAUCAGCAAAUGGACGCUGUUCGUCGCCCUCGCCGUCAUUAUGGUCGCCAUCUUUUCCGUCGUGGGCGUGUGGGCUUCGGGAGUGGAGUUC